AAUUUUCAUUCAAAAGGCGACCCGAUAGCAAUUGUUAAAAGUGAAUUAAUAUAUCGAUGUUGCUUAAGGCAUCACUGACACAAUUUAUCGGGCAGGCAUAAAACAUUGUUAUUAGUUGAUAUAUUUUGUUUUGUAAAUAUUAGAGAAGUUAAUGCAAGUCAUGGCAACGCAAAUUACAACAAAACAGCGCCUGGAGCGGCUAAUGACUGCUAAAAAAGAUCUGGAAGCACAAAUCAGUCGCAAUGGCGAAAUAUUGGCAGCGAACGAUAAUGUGGGCAUGAAUGGCCCUCUGAUUGACUCCGAGGGUUAUCCUCGCAACGACAUAGAUGUUUACCAAGUGCGCCAAGCGCGUCAGACAAUUAUCUGCUUGCAAAACGAUCACAAGGAACUCAUGAAUCAAAUACAGGAUCAGCUGAAUAAAUAUCACGCUGAGAUAGCCACCACAGACCCAGAGCUGGUGAAUCGGGCCUCUGCCCUGGAACUGAAUGAAGACAACGAAAGAGGAACUGGUGGAGCUGUUUUGAGUUCUGUGGAUUCACGCGUUUUAGUUAUUGUCAAUCUAGUUAGUCCCAACUCGCCGGCAGAAGCAGCAGGUCUCCAUGUGGGUGAUAGAAUACUGCGAUUUGGCUCUAUUAAUGGCAACAACUUUAAGGACAAUCUCGCUCAAAUUGGUGAAGUAGUGCGUAAUAUGCAAAACCAAAAUGUCCAGCUGAAGAUUAAGCGGGAGGAGCAGAUACUGGACUUGGUUCUAGUACCCAAGACAUGGACAGGACGUGGCUUGUUGGGCUGUAAUAUUGUGUUGCCGCCAGAGCAAAUGGAGCAUUAGCAUUUACGUAGACUUAGACUUUCUUUUAUGCGCAUGUAAAAUUACGCACGAAAUAAUUUUAAAGAAGAUUACUUUAACAGUCAGAUGUAAUUGAUUUCAAUGGAUAGCUUGUGGCCUGAAUAAUCAUCGAAGCUGAGCCAAUUUGUGUUUUCAAAGUGGCAGCAACGGUUGCCGGCUAACUGUGUCAUGGCAGGGCAUCAAAGUAAACAGGUCAAUUGCAGUCAACAGCAUUUUAAAAGUAGUUCAAAUCUUUAAAAAUUCAAAAGCAGCGUUUAAAUAAGUGGAAAGUCUCAUUCGAAUGCGCGCCUUUUGAAAAAGCUUUGGCAAGUUGGCAUGCCAUAUGGAGUGUUACCAGCAGGCAAUCGUUGGUGGUUUGGUAUUUUGGUAUAUUUUAGAAAUUUGCAGCCGCACCAAAUAUAGUUAAAAAAAAAAAACAAUUCAAAAGAAAGCUUUUUUUAAAUGGCAACUGUACUAAUUUAAAUUUAAAAUUUAUUAAAGGAAAAAUAAUGAUUUAUAUUUACAUUGCUUGCCUUCAAAAAUGUAAUCCAUAUAUAAAGCCAGUGCUUAAAAAAGUUCCACAAUCAUCGAUAGCGAUGUUUCUCCAUCUCUAGUCGGGAUGCUCACGACCCUAACGGAUCCAGCAGCCUGUCGUCCUUUGUGCGCCGUUGCCGUGCCAGUUGAGAAAUACAAUCGAAAGUGCGUGCAUCAUCUUUGCGAACAGCGGAAGCAGAGUCGUGCCAAAAGCGAAUUUCAGAAAAAAAGAGAUGAAAUUAUUGUAGUGAAAAUUUGUGCACUUGUGGACAAAAAAGUGAAGAGAGCUAAUGACAAAAUAACACAAGAAUGCGCCAACGAGAUUGCUGCAAAAAUACAGCAUCUAAUUUGUCGCCCCAAAUCUAAUUAACGCGAUGCGUGCUGCUGCAGCAGCGUAAAUGCGGCCGAAGGACAUUGCAGCGAAAACUACUACGAAAUGCCGCCAUGUAUGAGUGUGAUUGGGUUAGUCGUCCACCACAGCAGCAGCAGCGGCAACGACAGCAGCAAGAAGAGCCUUGAAUGUGCUGAUGCCAGUUUCAGAAGGAGCACAGAGGCAAACUGAUGAAGCAGCAGCAGAGCAUGAGUCUGACUACAAUGAUGAUGAUGAUGAGGACGACGCUGAUGAUGAUGAUGAUGCAGUUACAAAUGCAGCAGCAUUGCUAUAAAUAACACAAGGACUUGUGGAAGGGCGGCAUCGACAACGGCAACGGCAACGACAACGGCAAUGGCAUCGCAUAAAGUGUGACAGAAAUAGUAAAUGCAACGUGCGAGAGUACAAAGUACAUUUGCAAGUGUGACUAAAAUUAAAAUAUACAUGUGUAUGUGUAUCAUAUUUAAUGCAAUUGCACUCUCAAGUGCAACGACGACGACGCAAGUGACAACAACUAACUGAAUUUGUCAGGUAAUUGCCCUGUGCGCCAAAAAGUAGGCAACAAAAAACGAAUAAAACGAAACUCAAGCUAAACGACACACACACAAAGACACCGCAAGUGAAUAGACUGUGUGUGUGAAAGAGAGAGAGAGUGCUAGUGGCAAGUGGCCAAGGUGUCGAGUGUCGAGUGGUUUCUCUGUUUGCCCCGCGUGUGCGUUGCUGUGCUUAACCUGAUUUAGAAAAGUUUGUCCUUUUAACGCGAGAAACGCGACGAACGGAGCACACACACACACCACAACACACACCACACAAUGUACAUAUGGAAGUGUGGAGCAAUAGCAGGAUUAGCAGCAACCGCAAGAGAAGACGCCGACGUCAGAGAAAGCAG